AUGUAAAGUGUUUAAAACACGAAAAAGUAAAAAAACAUCACAAUCAAAACGUCUUGCGCGUGCGUCUGUGUUUAUAGAGCGCGCGCGGUUGUCAUGGUGACUUGAUGGUCCAUGGAUCCAGGAAGCGACGCGGCGCGUCUCGCCGGCUUCACCUCAGAAAAAUGACCAUCAUUUGAUCAAAUACUCGAAGUAAAUCAUCACAAUAUCAUCGCAUAUUAACGACGGUCGUGUUAAUGUGAUGAAAUGUUAAUAAAAUAUUGACCGGAUGGUGAUAAGUGACGGAACUAACUGAAUUAUGGUAAUGAGGUAUGCCGUAUGCAAAUGAGGACAGACUCGUGUAAGGUAACGGACCUCCAUAAAUCAACUUGUGUAUGGUUUAGUUGAGAUAAAACGGGUUGAUUUAAGCUUUACAGUGUGCUGUAGUGAUGUUUUGUAGAUGAAUCCUUUAAAGGUGUGUUUAGGUCUACAGUACAUUGUGUUUAUUCACAUAUAUGGCACGGAUCCAUUUCUAAUAUCUUUAUUAUCUAAAUAGUAGCAUGUCCACCAGCAAUCUGCCGCCCUUGAGAAACUUACCCAGCUGGUCCAGGGUCAGAGAUCUGGACAGGGUGAGAUACCCCAGACUUCUGUCUAGCGACUGUGUGGUCAGAUGUCCAUCUGUGAACAUCAAGAGUCCAAAAGCAGCUGCUCGGCCCUGUGUGGAUGAAGAUGGGAGACGCGUCACAUCUCUGCAGAAAGACAUUCUGUUCCUUCAACAACAACAUAAAGACACGCUGGAGAGACUGCAUGCUGAAAUCGAACAUCUGAAGCGUGUUAAUAAAGAUUCUAUCCGGUCCAACAGUGACUCCUCCAAAUCCAGCAGCAAGGAGAAGAAUUCUCAGUGUCGAUCCAUUAGCUCUGAGGAGGAGCGCGAGGAGGCCGCGGGGUCUGCCGUCACAUCUCUGCUUCCUCUGAGGAUCACCUGCAGUCCGUCUCAGCAUCCUCGCACCCCGACCCUGAGCGAGUGUGAGGUCAUCAUCCGUCAGCUUCAUCACGCCAACAUCUCACAGUAUCAGGAGCUUGUGCAGGUCAAGAAUAUUCUCAGAGACGGUGUGUUGAACAAAAAGAAAUCGUCCGCUGAAGCUGUUUCUCUCGCAUGCUGUCUCUGUGACAACACCAGGACUGAUGCUUAUCAACAUUUUCCAAAGCUACCUCUCAAACCACUGCCGAAAAAACAACAUCGCAGCCAGAGCAACAGAGGAGAAACUUUGGAGAAAUUUCUGCCAGCCAUCAAACGCAACUUCAGCAGCACCAUGUCAGAACGGCAAAGAAAAGCUCAAGACGUGCACAAGAUGCGUUUUAGAAGAACUGUGAACUCCUAACUUUAAUUGUGAUAAUUAAACCUGACUAAUAAAGUACAACUACUAUUCUGUAUGUGACAUCUUUGGUUUUUGUAAUUAGGAACUCUUAGAAUUGAAUUAAAUGAAAUCUUUUUCAACAUUUCAUAUACGUAGUUGUUACAUUUUAUGCCCGUGUCUGUAAGGAAGAAGAAACAGAAGGCAGGUGAAAUAUGUAUUUUGUAUUUUGAGUGAGUCGAGUCGGUGUCUGUGUCGCCUAAUGAACUAAAUAAGAAACUUUCCAGAGUUGCAGCCAAACGUCCAGGACAAGAUGAGAACUAAGAUGCUCAUUUAUCUAAAGCAAGAUCCCAACAAACAAAUCCAGACACAACGGCUGCUUUAAAUCCAAUGUCAUUCACAUCAUCCCUGUACACACAUGCGGUCUUCUGUAUAACCUUGUUGAGAAGUUACCCGCUGGUUUUUAUAGCACAGGAUCUGACCGACCGUCGACUCUACCUGCUGGAUGAUCGCCGAAUAUCCCAGCAGACACCACAUUGAAUUACUGGGAUUAAGAACCGGAUUAAGUAAUGGGUUUUACAGUCCGCUAUCUCGUUCAAUUUAACACUGAGACUCUGCAGUCCUGAAGCUGCUGUUUGACACGUUCAUCCAAUUUACAUUUACACAAUAACAACACAAUUCAUGAGCAGUUUUUAUUGUGGAUCAAUACAUCGAUAUCAUGCAAUGCUGGUGAUAUUUCAUUAUAAAUGAUUGUUUGUUAAAGCAAUUUAUGAGCAUGUGCAAACAAGAAUGAUGCUCGAUAUAUUAGAAUAAUGCAAUGGAUGUAAUUAGCCAAUAUAAAUUAAACAAAAGAUGUUUAAAAACAU